CCGAGGUGUUUAGGAGGGAGGGGGAAAGAAAUCCUGUUUAAUAUAAGGCUUUCCUGUUCUCUCUUCCUGCAGUGGGAUCUCGUGUGUGACAACGACUGGAAGGGACCCCUGAGCACCUCCCUGUUCUUUGUGGGCGUCCUGAUCGGAUCUUUCGUAUCGGGACAGCUCUCAGACAAGUUUGGCAGGAAGAAUGUGCUCUUUGCGACUCUGGCCAUGCAGACUGGCUUCAGCUUCAUCCAGGUCUUCUCUACCAGCUGGGAGAUGUUCUCAGUGUUCUUCCUCCUGGUCGGCAUGGGACAGAUAUCCAACUACGUGGCAGCAUUUGUUCUUGGCACAGAAAUUCUUGGCAAAUCAAUCCGUGUGCUGUUCUGCACGCUGGGCGUUUGCAUAUUUUAUGCAAUUGGCUACAUGUUGCUGCCGCUGUUUGCUUACUUCAUCAGAGACUGGCGGAUGCUGCUGCUGGCACUCACCUUGCCUGGGCUGCUCUGCAUCCCGCUAUGGUGGAUCAUUCCAGAAUCUCCACGGUGGCUGAUCUCUCAGGGAAGAUUUCAAGAGGCAGAAAACAUCAUCCGAAAGGCUGCAAAAACUAAUGGCAUCACAGCCCCAGAUGUAAUACUUGGCCCUAGUGAGCUGCAAGAUUUGAAUUCCCAGAAGCAACAGACGUACACCAUUCUGGAUCUCAUGAAAACUCGAAAUAUCCUGACUAUCACAAUCAUGUCAAUCCUGCUUUGGAUGAUAAUCUCUGUUGGCUAUUUUGGACUUUCUCUUGACACGCCCAACUUGCACGGAGAUGUCUAUCUGAACUGCUUCCUCUCGGCAGUGAUUGAAGUUCCAGCCUACGUUAUUUCCUGGCUGCUGCUUCGAAAUCUCCCUCGACGGUAUUCAAUGGCUGCUGCGUUAUUCUUAGGAGGCUGUGUUCUUCUCUUCGUUCAGCUGGUGCCUUCACAUAUUCGUGCGCUGUCCAUUUUCCUGGUGAUGCUGGGAAAAUUUGGGAUCACGUCUGCCUUUUCGAUGGUUUAUGUUUACACGGCUGAGCUCUACCCAACAGUGGUGAGAAACAUGGGAGUUGGAGCGAGUUCCAUGGCCUCUAGGCUGGGCAGCAUCCUCUCGCCUUACUUUGUUUACCUCGGUGCCUAUGACCGAUUCCUGCCUUACAUCCUGAUGGGCAGCCUGACUGUGCUGUCAGGAAUUCUGACUUUAUUUCUGCCAGAAAGCUACGGCCGGCCGCUUCCAGACACAAUAGAGCAAAUGCUGAUGGUGAAAGGGUUAGAAUACAGGCCUGCAUCUAGUAGCAAAAGGGAUUCCAAGGAGGAAGAAGAAAAUCCAGAGAUUCUUAAAAGCACAUCCUUUUGAUGGAACCCCUGUGUACUUCCUGGUGGACUGAAAGUUUAAAUGGACUUUUCUUGUAAUACUCAUUCUAGAAAGGGCUAGUGGCAGCACUUUAUCUCCUGUAAUUUUAACCUUAUUUAUUAAUUUAAACACUGUGUUCCAUACAUUCUCUUUUUAUAUGAACAUAAUACU